AUGGAUGUAAGAGCUCAGCGACCAGAAGCCGGUAUCCUCUUUCAGGAAAACAGCGCCCAAUUGUUCAAGGAUAGAGAAAGUCUCGGCACCGCCGAUGUGUUUAUAACCGAAGACGAUAUUCGCUUCGUGGGCGAAAAUAUCGGAAUUCUGCUUCAAUACAAUGCCGUUUCCGUACAUGCAAUAACCCGGGAUGAAUCUUCCUUUCCGAAUUGCCCCGCUGUGUUCUUACUCGUGAACGAACAGAGCAUUAACGAAGUGGAUGAGCCAGCUGUAUGUGAAUAUCACAUCGUCCCAAACCAGGCAAACCUGGAAGAAUUUUAUGAUGCUCUUUGCGAAGGACAAACUCUCAAUCCUGACAAGGAAGAUGGAAGUGAAGGUGAUGAGGAAGAGCCUAUCGACUUGAGAAACUUUACUUGGGCAGACGGUUACGGACCAGAUUUUUUGACAGGCGCAUCUGGAGCUGACUUAGGUCCAAGUGGCGACCAAGCGCCAUCAGCGACAGAGUUUGAUCGUUUAAGGAUAGGAAAUAUACCUGUCUACGACCCGAAUGGAGUCAUGAACGGAAAUCAAAAUGGGGAUGAAGACAUGGAAGAAGACGGUCGAUACGACGAUCCAGAAGAAUAA